ACAGCCUGUAGACACCAGGACGCGGCGGCGCAGGCGGGGGCUGUGGGCGCUGCAGCUGGAAUCCCCGGCUGUCAGUGCACCUCCAGCUCCGCACCCUGACCCCGCGCGCAGCUCGCGCUAUGGCAGCCCCGCCGCAGCUGCGGGCUCUAAUCUUGGCCGUCAACGCACUGCUGCGCAAGCGCCGCUACCACGCUGCAUUGGCCUUGCUUAAGGGCUUCCGGAACGGGGCUGUCUAUGGAGCCAAAAUCCGGGCCCCUCACGCACUGGUCAUGACCUUUCUCUUCCGGAAUGGCAGCCUCCGGGAGAAGCUUCGGGCCGUCCUGCAGGCUACAUACAUCCACUCCCGGAACCUGGCGUGCUUUGUGUUCACCUACAAGGGUCUCUGUGCCCUGCAGUCCCGCAUCCAAGGCAAGACCUACCAGGUGCACUCAUUCCUGGCCGCCUUCCUUGGGGGUUUGCUGGUGUUUCGAGAAAACAAUAACAUCAACAGCCAGGUAAACAUGUACGUGUUGUCACGUGUCCUAUUUGCCCUGAGCCGCCUGGCCGUGGAGAAGGGCUACAUCCCUGAACCCAAGUGGGACCCGUUCCCAGUGGUCACCGCGGUGGUGUGGGGGCUGGUGCUGUGGCUCUUUGAGUAUCACCGGCCCACGCUGCAGCCCUCGCUUCAGUCCUCCAUGACCUACCUCUAUGAGGAUAGCAACGUGUGGCACGACAUCUCAGACUUCCUCAUUUAUAACAAGAGCCGCCCCUCCAAGUAAUUCGGCUGUGGCUCAAGAUUUGGCUCCUCGAAAACCCUCCCAAAGGAUCCUGCCUUCUCAAGAUCAUGGGCCUCAGACUCCAGCUGGUGUUAUCCCAGGGUUCCAUUUGCCAAAGUAAAAGCACUGAUUUUCAAUCCCAGUGGGUACUCUUAAAUGGUGGCACAAGUGGCCAAAUCAGGCCAAGGAAUCUAGGGCUUGGUUCCAGCUAUAAAGCUGACUUCUGUGAGACUGUGGCCAGCCACACCCCUCUCUAGGCCUCAGAGGUCAUGGAGCUCAGAGGAGGUCCCUGAGGUCUCUUUCUGGUGGGUAUGUUCAUUCUUCAACUGUUCUUAUGUCACAGAGGGCUCCCUGCUGGUGGGCCGUGGAUUGUCAAUACUUUAAAAAACACUAAAUUCCUCAUCUAAGAUGUUCUAUUGGAGAAGUUCUAGAGACCCGCUGUCCAGUAGAAACAGUUGAGCCAUACAUGUAAUUAAAAUGUUUCUAGUAGCCACAUUACAAAAAAGUAGUAGGCUGGGCGCUGUGGCUCAUUCCUGUAAUCCCAGCACUUUGGGAGGCUGAGGCUGGUGGAUCACUUGAGCUCAGGAGCUUGAGACCAGCCUGGGCAACAUGGUGAAACUCAGUCUCCACAAAAAAUACAAAAAAUUAGCUGGGUGUGGUAGCACACACCUGUGGUCCCAGCUGAGGUGGGAGGAUCACUUGAGCCUGGGAGGUCGAGGCUGCAGUGAGCCGAGAUCACACCACUGCACUCCAGCCUGGGCGACAGGGAGACCCUGUCUCACCAAAAAAAAAGUGACAUUAAUCUUAAUUAUAGAUGUUAACACAAAUUUCAAAAAGUUAUUUCAACAUAUAAUUAACAUAAUUAGUUAUAUAUUUUGCACUCUUUUUUUGUAUUAAGUCUUUAAAAAUUGGGUAUAUGUUUUGCCACCCAUAUUUUCAAGGCUCAGUGGCCACAUGUGGCUAGUGGCUGCUGUGACAGGCACCACAGAUACAGAAAAACACUUGUAUCCUCACCGAAGGUUCUAGUGGACAGUGCAGAUCUAGAGCUAGAGGACAUGGGUUUGAGUCCCCACUCCCCCACUGUGUAAACUUGGGGAAGGUUCUGGACCUCUCAGAGCCUCAGUUUAUCAUAAAAUGAGGAUAAUUAGACUGCCCUGGUCCUCAUUGGACUUGGGCAACUACCACUGCUGCACUCCUGUGAAUUACUUCCAUUUAGUGCAUUCAUCCUCCCUCUUUGGUGUUUUGCACAUAUUAUUAUUAAUUAUUAUUAUUAUUAUUAUUAUUUGAGAUGGAGUCUCACUCUAUCACCCAGGCUGGAGUGCAGUAUCUUGGCUCACUGCAACCUCCACCUCUCGGGUUCAAGGGAUUCUCCUGUUUCAGCUUCCUGUGUAGUUGGGACUCCACGUGCAUGCCACCUUGCUUGGCUAAUUUUUUGUAUUUUUAGUAGAGACAGGGUUUCACCGUGUUCCCCAGGCUCAUGGCGAACUCCUGAGCUCAGGUGAUCCACUUACCUUGGCCUCCCAAAGUGCUAGGAUUACAGGCGUGAGCGGCUGCGCCCAGCCUUAUUAUUGUUAUUAUUUUAAAAUAGCAACAGGAUCUCACUCUGUCACUAGGGGUAGUCUCAACUUCUGGCUUCAAGCUAUCUUCCUGCUUCAGCCUCCCAAAGUGCUGUGAUUACAGGCAUGAGCCACUGUGUGCAUUGUAAUCACAUACAAUGGCCUUGCAAAGAUGCGUUUUGAUCCCCAUUUUACAGAUUUAGAAACUGUGGGUCAGGCCUGGCGCGAUGGCUCACACUAUAAUCCCAGUACUUUGGGAGGCCAAGGCAGGCAGAUCACCUGAGGUCAGGAGUUCUUGACCAGCCUGGCCAACGUGGUGAAACCCCAUCUCUACUAAAAAUACAAAAAUUAGCUGGGCAUGAUGGCACACCCCUGUAAUCCCAGCUAUUAGGGAGGCUGAGGCAAGAUAAUUGCUUGAACCCAGGAGAUGGAAGUUGCAGUGAGCCGAGAUGGAACCCCUGCACUCCAUCCUGGGCCACAGAGCGAGACUAUGUCUCAAAAAAAAAAAAAAAGAAAGAAAGAAAGAAACUGAGAAUCAGAGAGGGGAGUAACUUGCCCAAGGUAAUACAAAUAGUGUAAUAGCCAAAUCAGGAUUUGAACUCAGAUCUUUCUGAUUUCAAAGCCCAUGUUUUCUUUAGUGCCUUGCUUCAAAUUUAGAAACCUAAGCCAUGCUAUGCAAACAUUAGCUCAUUAUAGGAUACAGACUAGAAAGGCAUACAAAUUUAAAUGCCCACAGGAGCCUACAGUGACAUAAAUUGAAACAUUCAGUAUGCUAUGCAGUGGGGAGGGAUGGGGAAUGGGGAACUGAAGACUUGUGUGCCAGUCUGAUUUUUGCAAAACCAUGAUCCGGGACUGGGCACAGUGGCUCACACUUGUAAUCCCAGCACUUUGGGGAGGCCCAGGCGGGCAGAUCACCUGAGGUCAGGAGUUCAAGACCAGCCUGGCCAACAAGGUGAUGCCCCGUCUCUACUAAAAAUGCAAAAAUUAGCUGGAUGUGGUGGUGGGCACCUGUAAUCCCAGUUACUCGGGAGCCUGAGGUAGGAGAAUCUCUUGAACCUGGGAGGCUGCAGUGAGCUGAGAUUGUGUCAUCACACUCCAGCCUGAGUGACAGAGCAAGACUCAGUCUCGGCCAGGUGCGGUGGCUCACACCUUGGGAGGCCAAUGCAGGCGGAUCAAAAAAGACUCAGUCGCAAAAAAAAAAAAAAAAAAAAUACAAUCUUGGACAAAUCAAACAAGUCUCCAGGAAAAUUUGGUCCGUGGGCUACCAAUCUGAGAGCAUUGGUCUGGUAGAUAUGCUUUCAUUAAUAUACUUACUCCAUCAGUCUCUAUUUUUUAGACAUUACUAGUAGAAAUGUAUACAUGAGUCACUGGAGAUCUUAUUAAAAUGCAGUUUCUGAUCCAGUGAGCUAGGGUGGGGCCUGAGAGUCUGCAUUUCUCCCAGGCUCCCAGGUGCUGCCAGUGAUGCUGGUCUGAGUAACAAGGGGGUGGGGAAUGAUAUGGAGCCAUCCAUUGUUAUCCCAUCUGACAGAUGAGUCACAGAGCCUUAGGUAACUGAGGUGGGAUCACUCUGAUUCUGUAAGCUGUGUUUUUAGCCACAAUAUUUACUGCAAACUUGGAGCAGGUGAUGUUGAAGCUCUUUUAACUUGCUGUGGAGGCUGAAUGAGCUCUAGGGCAAGGGGUCUGCAACCCCAGUGUCCAUCCAUGGCCUGUUAGGGACCGGGCUGCACAGCAGUAGUUAAAAGGCAUGAGCCAGGGAAGCUUCAUCUGUAUUUACAGCCACUCCCCAUUGCUCACAUUCCCACCUGAGCUCUGCCUCCUGUCAGAUCAGCAGAGGAGUUAGAUGCUCAUAGGAGCGCAAACCCUGUUGUGAACUGCACAUAUGAGGGAUCUGGGUUGCGUGAUUCUUAUGAGUCUAACGCCUGAUGAUCUGUCACUGUCUCCCAUCGCUCCCAGAUGGGACCAUCUAGUUGCUGGAAAACACACUCAGGGCUCCCACUGAUUCUCCAUUAUGGUGAGUUGUAUAAUUAUUUCAUUAUAUAUUACAAAGUAAUAAUAAUUGAAAUAAAUUUCACAAUAAAUGUAA